GGCAUAAUUGUCAAAGAGCAGACCUAUCCUUUUUCUUCUCCUCCAUUGAUGCCAAUUUUCUCCCUUUAGCCCACGAUCACUUCGAGCCGAGCGACUGAAAAUGGCGCAGCAGUUCGUACAGACCAAAAUCAAAGGAGACAAAGUGGUGCUGUUCAUCAAGCCCACGUGCUCGUUCUGCAUCAUGGCCCAAGACGUUUUGUCCAAAUACAAGUUCAAACCGGGACAUCUGGAGUGUGUUGAUAUAAGUGGACGCAGCGACAUGAGCAAUAUGCAGGACUAUUUCCUGGAACUUACCGGAGCACGCACGGUCCCGCGGGUGUUCAUCGGAGAGGAGUGCAUUGGAGGCGGCAGUGAUGUGGCAGCGCUGGAUAAGAGUGGUAAACUGAAGGGCAUGCUGCAAUCCAUUGGAGCCCUGCAGUGACAUACUCCAAACCCCCAGGCCUUUGGCGUCCAGGUGGGGGUCACAUGACUAUGCAGCGGGACUUGCGUAGCUUGCGUCGCCGCUGCUGGUACUCGCUGAGCUCCUGCAGGUAGCCUCUGGAUGGCCAACGUAGUCUCUCCACCUGCUCGCGUUCCUCCUCUGGAACACACACAAACGCAAAGACAUAUAACUCUAAUCUACUGCAAACACAACUAUGGGAUGAUUUUCUGAUUUUCUGAUAAAACCAUUACAGCAAGACUACUGUACUUGGCACAGAGUCUCACACACACACACACACACACACACACACACACACACACACACAGUAACAACUCCUUGGACUGUUGCCAUGAACACUGCCAACGAGGCUGAAAUAUCUGAUAAGAUUUUGUUUACACCAACAAGCAACAGAAGACCAACAGUGACCGAUCAUGUGCUGUUUCCUUUUGCUGGCCUUUGACUUUUGCUUGUGGCCUUCAGUAUCCGUCCAAUGACCUUAAAUAAGUCUUGUGUGUAUGACUAAUGAUCACAAUAAAAAAAAUGCUAAUGCUACUAACCAGAGAAA